GCCGAAAAAUGAUCGAGUCCGUGCGCAGCGCGAGGGGCUUCGUUGCAGCUCAAAAUCGGGCUACCCUACCAAAUUUAUAUGUAAAUGCACCGCGUGCAAAAUUUGGUGGCUUGGGAUGCCGCGUGUGGGCUGCGGUGGGUGCCCGAUUACUAAAAGUGGGAUUGAGCGUCUUAACCCCUCCCCUGGAACGGGGAGGCAAUGCGGUACUGGGUACAGGCUGGUACCGUACGGUAUGUGGAUUCGAAUGCCGUAGAUAUACCGUAGGUACAAAGCUGGUACCCUGUCAUUAUUGUCGGAUGUUAAUCCAUAUGAUGGAGGAGAAGAGCUGACGCCUCAAUGAGCUGACGACGUCCUACAAUGCAAUAGUUAUCAUAUGAAGGGGCUGAACUUUGCGCUUUUGUCGAGUGUGUUCUUGCUUUGGUUUCGGAGUACUUUGGCUUUUCGCCUGCUUCAUCGUGGUGUAGAUCUCUAUGAUGACUUCACAUCCUAUGAAAUAUCCUACGUGGGGCAGGCGAAUAAUCCAGACGUGAGUACUCUCGAAAAUGUACUGGAAGGCGCACCAUCUACGCGCACACACCCCCGUAAUUGGGCCCCAGCAUCUGGUCGCCAAAUAUGUCCUGGUAUGAUAGGCCCACUGGGUGCGAAUGCCUAUUAUUGUCAUGCUAAAGAGUUCGGGAGUUGUGAUCGUCGCGCCGGGGUAUGCCACUGCAAUACGGGUUACGAAGGGGUGGAUUGCAGCACCUGUGGGCCAACGCACUAUAGGGACGGGAAUUUGUGCUACCCUAAACGAUCCUGUCCCGGUACAAUAGGGGGGCGCUUUUCAUUAGAGUGCAGUGGGGCCGGGAUAUGCAAUUAUUCUACCGGGAAGUGUCAAUGUCAUUCCAGCACUCGGACGGGUGACUGUUCAAUCUCCGAGUGCAUGGGUUUCGAUAAACUAUGCACUGCAUGCACCCAAAGUUAUUGCGUGGGAUGCGUAGAUGGCUACUAUUUGGAUGAGAAUUCCCGCUCGUGCCACACUUGUGCACAUCACAGCCAGCGUUGUGCUGUGUGUAACUCAAACUCUUGUUUGAAAUGCGUUGACACAACAGUAUGGUCCCACUUCCAGCCUGCAAAACCCCUUCUAACUACCUUGGAAAGCAAUUUUGGGUCGGCCGCAGUGUACGCCACCUUCGAAAUUGGCAGCUCCGAUGAGUAUGAACAGUUUCGUGUACUACCCAACUCCAAGCCUCCCCAGCUGUGCGAGCAAGGUUUGUCUGGUAAUUCGUCGUGGAGUUGUGGCGAUUCUCUUCGUGAGCAGGCCCCUGGUGCUUGUGGACACGAGGGGACGAUCACAUGGUCCAGUACACAAUACUCUGUUGCCGAGGGGGCAAAGACGGUACGGGUUGCGAUAAAAAGAAGUGGGGGGGGCAUUGGAGUCGUCCAGGUGCGCUACAUGCUCCACCAUAUCACGACUGCAGAAAGCGACAUCGCUAUGUCUGCCCCAUACACCUCAUCUACUAUGCUGCAAUUUGAUGAUGGAGUGACAGAGCUCAGCUUUCUUCUUGCGGUACACGAUGACCGUAUGAGUGAAGGGGAUGAAACGGCCAUGAUUGAACUCAUUAGGCCAAGAGGCGGAGCUUCUCUUGGAUCCCAGCGACGAGCUCUUCUAACAGUAAUUGAUGACGACAUGAAUCGCGCGAGUGCUUUCUUUUCGCUACUGAGGAGUGAUUGCAUAGCCACCGCAGGUAAUGCAUCAUCGACCGUCAUCCUUGCCCACAACGGAAGGGGCACACAGAUGCAAAUGGGCGGUGAUGUCUUUCUUGUCGAACUUGAGCCUAUAUUUUUUUCAACCACAUCUCACACGUUGACCCAUUCGCCAGCAUUGAAGCUGCCCUACACAGAAGGCUCAAACUGGGAGAUCAGUGCGAUGUCAGACAUGGGAAAUGGCACGUACUUCGGCUCAUGGAUUGCGAAAAGGACCGGUAUUUACAAGCAACGUGCGUGGAUGCUAGCAACUGGUGGCCUCAAGGGCGAAUACCAUCAUGGCUCGAACCUUAUGGCAAAGAGAGUGGUGGACCGUAUUGACUCGCACGUUCAUUUCAUGUGGGACAGCGCACUUCUUCAAAAAGCUUAUUUUCCCCCGUCAACAUUUGGCGUAGAUCUUGACUUUGUGCGAUGGUCUGGUCAUCUCCGCCCCAGCCGAACUGGUGCUUAUUAUUUGCAUGUUGUCUUGCAUGGCAGCGGACUGGGUGUGCGACUAUGGCUUGAUGGCAGAGUACUUGUCGAUGGAUGGCGGACUUUGACGCGGCGUCAUAGUGAAAUCAGCACGCCCGCGCUCCUAACUGCAUACCACUUGCAUUCAAUUGCCCUUGAAUUGCGAAUUUCAAACAACUACUACUCCGACUUCGCCGCUUCUCGUGGCAAGGGUGUUUCCUUGGAAUGGUCCGCUCCUUCAAUGUCUCGGGCUCUCAUUGCUCCAAAAUACCUGUCCUCUAUUUUCUCACACGAGAAGAAAUCUAUUUUUUAAAACAUAAUCUUCGUGACAUGUGAUAUGUGCAGGCAUUAUUCAAAUGAGCUCAAAGGAUCACCGUCUCUGGUCAGAGUAGCUUCGAGUGCCCUAUCCACAGGCAACACGUUCGCUUUUGGCAGCGGGCUGUCUCUUGGCGAGGCUGGGCGCCCUCUUGCUUUUCAAGUCUUAGUUGUUGAUCUAUUCGGCAAUCGCUGUGACGAUGUCGGUCUCUCCCUACCAAUAGCUGCGCCGGCAAGACCGUGUGACGCCGCUUCAUCUCGUCCGAGGGCAUUAGGCCACCGCAGUUUCCUAGGCCUAAAAGCAAACGCUUCUCUUCUACGAAGUGAAGCUGCUGCUCGCGGAGGCGGCAUGUUUCCAGUGGCAUUCUCUAUUGCCACGCAUGCUGGUCUUGCUCGUACACGUCACGCACGUGGUGCUCACCCCACCCAGUCGGGGGCCUAUCAGCUUGCUGUAUCCUAUGAAUCCAAUUUGACGCAACGCUGGAUCGGGGUAUCUAUCCAUGAACACGCCGACGUCUUCGGGAGCCCAUUUCAGGUCAAAAUCUUGCCUGCUCGUGCGCAUGCCAGACAAUGUUCUGCGACCGGCCAGGGUCUGCAUCAGGGUACCGCGGGGGCCGAAUCAAGAUUCACUAUACAAUCUUUCGAUGAAUUUCGUAACAGAGUUGAUGCUGGUGGCGAUGUGAUAGCUGUUGUAUCAAAACACGUACGAAGACCCGUCGGCGACCUAGAGGCCUCAAGAAAAUUGUCACCACGCAGACUGAUUGUGACGGGGAACAUUUACGACGCAGGGAAUGGUACCUAUCAUGCGUCUGUGCGACCAGUAACUGCCGGUACUCAUAAGCUUGCGGUAAUGAUCAAUGGCCAGGCUAUCAGAGGCUCUCCGUUUUCGCUUCACGUUCUGGCUGGACCUGCGAGGGGCCAGGCGAGUACUGCGGAUGGUCUCGGGAUCCAGACUGCAACCGUUCAUGUACUGGCAAGAUUCCUUGUUAAUGUCCGUGACCAGUAUGGUAAUCUCUGCGUGGAGAACAUCGACAUGUCUUUAUUAUCCUGCAAACUUGAUUUAAAUGCCGAUGGCGCGUGUAAUUUACAGUUCACGAAUGGGUCGGUUUUGUGUACUUACUUCCCAACAAUCAGUGGAAGCCUUCGCCUUGAGGUUGCAUAUGCGGGGGAGAUGAUUCGUGGGUCUCCUUUUCUCGUGCAUGUUGAGGACGGCGUCACGAGUACCCGCUCAACAGUUGCUGGUGACGGCCUCACGCGUCCAGUCGCCGGCAAGACUUCGGUUUUCACGCUCGCUGCACAUGAUACUUCUAUCAAUAUCAUCGACGAACCGCCUCUCAAGUGGAGAUACAAUGCCACGUUGACGCACGAGUCUUAUGCGGCCCCUUUCUUACGGGCAGUAAUCACGGGCGCGGAGACCAGUGCGCGUAACUCAAAUUGUGCACCCGACUCACUAAUUGAUUGCGCACCACAGGUGCGCACGACGGGAUAUACGAUUUUGAAUAUAACGCAACUCUUGCCGGUCAAUAUACACUCCUCAUCACGGACACAAUUUUCGGGAGCAAUAUUAGCCGUCUAUCACUGUAUGUUACUGCUGGGGAUGUUGAUGCGAGCAAAUGUUCCGUGGAGGGUCUAGGAAUAGCGAUGCAUGUCCAUGCAUGCCAGGUCGCUCAAAUACGCGUCAGUACGCGGGAUUCGUGGGGAAAUCUGCAUUUCGAUGAGGUCCACCGACUCCUUGCUGUUUUCGUUGGCGGCGGCGGGGACAACGGCUCAAAGAAGGAAGAACGACAAGAGACUCUACUUGUGAAUGGUAUGCACAUCGGGCCGGGGCUCUACGGCAUCUCUUAUUUCGCACGAAUCUCCGGGGCGCACAGAUUGCAUCUGUUUCUGCGCCAGCCAGGUAUAGAUGUAAGCGUACACAAUAUGCUUGAUCCUAGACAGGUACUGUUGGUUGAGACGGCUGCUGAAAUCGACUACAAUUGGAACCGGCGUUACCAAGAGAGCGUAGUCCAGCAAAAUGAUACAUUUAGACCAGCCGGAAGGCUUGCGAAUACGAAGUUUAUUGCUAUUUUUGUGGCGUUCCUCCAGUUUCCGCGCAGCGCCGAAGAUUUCCUUCUCCGUUGUGACACCGAUCCGGACGCCCGAGCAUUACUCAAGAUUGAUGGUCGCGUCAUUUUUAGUAGUAGUUCGACGUAUGAGGGCGUGUUCUCUCCAUCUCCAUCGUCUUUGAGACGCGACCAUGUUUUUGAGCUAACGUAUGCGCACGCAAGUGGUCCUAUGGCUUUCGUGCGAUGUAGCUGGGCGUCAAAGGAACGGCCAGAGCUCACACGCAUCCCAUCUGCGUCCUUCUCGCGUACCGCUCUCGUUGGGACUUCUCCCAUCCUUUUUGAUGUGAUCCCUGGAUUUCCAGAUGGCUCGGCCAGCCGCAUCAUACGCCGAAGGCAAGAGUAUCAAGUUGCAAACUGGAGUCCUGUAGCCGUUUUUGAGAUCCGUGAUUCUUGUGCUAACCUUCGGGCCCGUGGAGGAGAUCAUCCAGCUAUAUACCUCGAUGCGCCCCCGGAAGAUAUAUCUACGGUGGUCACAGACCUCAAAAGUGGUCUUUACGAGGCACUCGUAUACGUCAAAGCCGUUCGAAAAUAUACUAUCACUGCAUAUGCCUGGUCACCACAGUCGUCCUCUGCGACCUCGUCGUCGGGGCAAAGCUUGAUGAUAGACGCCCCCUGGACUGCAGAUUUUGUGCACGCUGCGGCGUCGAAGCACUCGACCCUGCUUGUUGGGACGGCCCUUGUUGCGGGAGUAACAGCUGGGACUCCAGCUCACCUCAUCCUCCAUGAGCAUGCUGCUUUGUCUCAUAUUGAUUGGAACAAAAAUAUAUCCGUGAGCCUCAAACUAGUUCAACCACAUGGCAUUUCUAACGUCCGCGCCUGGGUAGCCGAUUCUAGCGUUCGCGCCUCUCGUAGUUUGAGACGGGGUCGUCUCAUGAUUAGAUUCAUCCUGUGCAGGGCGGGAAUCUAUCAGCUCCGCGUCUUCUUGAAUGGUUCAAUUUUGGGCGUCCCUGUGGCAUUGCAAUGCCGUUCGGGACACAUGAGUGCGAGUUGGAGUGGCGUGCGUGAUGAGCCGCUCGGUCGAUAUAUCGUCAAGGCUCGCGAUGAGUUUGGUAACAGCAUACCCGUCGGUGGUGAAGCGGUUCGAAUUCGAGCCCAGGGUAGCGGGCUGGUGAGUUUCCGUAACAAUUUUUCCGUCACAUAGUUUGCUCUAGGCCACUGGAAUAGCACAUGACAGCGACGAUGGAACGUAUUUCAUUCGCCACAGCACGUUUGAUUUGAACCCCCAUCGAUCUGGCUCACACUUGAUGCAUAUCGAUUUGGCUCACAAGCCCUCUAUUGGACGAGGCGGUGGAAGCCUAAUGGCUCACUAUUUUACAGACGGUCUUAAUGGUCUUCCUUCUGUUGUCCGAGAGGAGUUCGGCCCACUGGUGUGAGUCAACAUAUAUACCAAGACAGGUCUAUUUGCACUUUGCUCCGCCGUAGGUUUGAUUGGGCACAAGAAGAUAUUGCUGUUGGUGUUGCGGACUACACGUCGAUACGGUGGACAGGCUUGCUGGAGUCGCCAGAGUCCGCCCAGUUCCGUCUUGAGCUAGGACUGCUAGACCCGGACGAUGCUGCCCGCAUUUUCAUCGACGAAACAGUAGUCGUAGAGACCAGUCCCGGCCAGCGUCGGGGGAGUGGAUUUGUCUAUCUCGUUAGAGGUGCCUUGCACUCCAUCAUUGUCGAGUUUCACAAGUCGACCGGACCGGCUGGAAUUAGUGUUGAGUGGUCCAGUCCAGACAUGGCGCAGCAGCCGAUCGCAGCUUGCUUCCUGUACUCUCGCUGGCGACGGCUGAAAGGUAGUCCGUUUCAAUACGAGCGGUUGCCUUCUUUGAACUCUUCCUCCCCCUAGAUACUGUUGUUUGGUCCGAGUCGCUUGCGGCCAACAGCUUCUGGGAGGGCCAUAGAAGAGGCGCUAAUACGGCACCAUGUUGAAGCCAAGGCGCAUCCAAGGGCCACCCGGGGUUUUACUUCACGUUGACGCCCCUAGCUCUUCUCGUCUCCGUCUCCUCUGCUGGCGCCUCUCCAUACUAUGCCAGGACGCUCGAGCCUGCUUUAAAAAGAUGGCGGUACAAAAAUAUGGCUGCCCACAUAACCCAGGGCAUCUCUUUGAGUGCAUCGAAGUCCAGGAGAGGUUAGAAGUCAGCCAGAACAGUUACCCUAAUGGUACUGUACUAGUCUCUAGCUCGCCUCACUGGCACUGAGUUAGGUCUGCGUUACCGACCACAAAGCCAAUUUGAGUGUGGUUUGCGAUCCCCAAAAUCAUGAUACAGGUAACUUGAACCCCCCCCCCCCUCCUGUUUGGUGACGCUGCUUGGUGACGGGGCUUUUAGGUCCCCGCGCGCCCCGGGAGUUGGGGUACAAGUUUGCAAAGGAUGAAUCCCCAAUUAUCGCGCCCGGGAAGUCUCGGGGGCGCCGCGGCGGCCGCCACGGCGCGGUCACGGUCCGGGAGCGAAGGCCGCCAAGCGAGAUGUCUCCAGAGCUCUGCCUCCUAAGGAAGUCCUCAAGGGGCCUGACCCCUGUCGCGUUUAGACCACGCCUCCCGAGCCGCUAAC